AUGUCCUUUCAACUCGAGAUUCAGAGAAUUCGGGAUACGAUUGGGUAUCAACAAUUAUCGGAAUCUGGGACCUUAGAAGCUCUAACAGCUGCUGGUGUUGACAAAAAUAACCCCGAUGGAAACAAAAGACUUUCUCAAAUGGGGGUUUCCCUUAUAGAAUUUCAUAUCAUCGAGAUGGGAUACAGAACAAGGUUCAACAGAGGAAAAGUAGAUCGCAUUCGAUCCACCCUGACAACAGCGGAUUAUCGAGCGCUAGUAGCCAGACAUAGUGGCAUUGACCAACACAUCAAGUACAACCCUGCUUCUGGAAGCCAAGCUGCCGGUGUUCUUGGUCAAGCAGUGAGCGCUCUUAUAGCUGUUUUACAUCUUGAAGCCAAGGACCCGGACAUUUCUCGAGAUGGAAUGUUGCGCCUGGGGUACUACAAAUCACAGUCCACAAAAUUGAAAAAGACUAUGGCUGACUUCCUAGAUUCUUGA